UAGCAAACGAAAGUGAGACUCCACCUCCCUUCCCUAAGCGUUUCGCCUGCCUCUCAGUAAGCAGCUGCCUGGCUGACAUGGGGCACUGCAACGACCCAGUCAGGAGCAUGUCCUCCAUGCCAGCCCUGGGGGGCCCCAGUGCCGGGCAGACCUGUGUGCUCAUCCUGAUCUUCACGGUGCUGCUGCAGUCCCUCUGUGUGGCCGUGACGUACCUGUACUUCUCCAAUGAACUGAAGCAGAUGCAGGACAAGUACUCCCAAAGUGGCAUUGCUUGUUUCUUAAAGGAAGAUGACAGCUCUUGGGACUCCAUUGAUGAGGAGAACAUCAACAGCCCCUGCUGGCAGGUCAAGUGGCAACUGCGUCAGUUCGUUAGAAAGAUGAUUUUGAGAACCUAUGAGGAAACUGUUGAUCCGGUGGAAGCAAAGCCACAAACUAUGUCAGAAAAGGAUCAAGCUGUCCCUUCCCUAGUAAGGGCAAGUGGCACUCAGAGAGUAGCAGCACAUAUAACUGGGACCAGCCGGAGAGGCCGGAUCACAGUCCCCACUCCAGGCUCCAAGGACGGAAUGACUUUGGGCCAGAAAAUAAACUCCUGGGAGACAUCAAGAAGAGGACAUUCAUUUCUGCACAAUUUUCACAUGAGGAAUGGAGAGCUGGUUAUCCAUCAAUCGGGAUUUUAUUACAUCUAUUCCCAGACAUAUUUUCGAUUUCAGGAACUUGAAAAAAUUUCAGGAACAGUUUCAAAAGAAGAGAUCAAAACCAAAAACAAACAAAUGGUACAAUACAUUUACAAAUGGACAAACUACCCUGACCCUAUCCUGCUGAUGAAAAGUGCUAGAAAUAGUUGCUGGUCUAAAGAUUCAGAAUAUGGACUCUAUUCCAUCUAUCAAGGAGGAAUAUUUGAGCUUAAGGAAAAUGAUAGAAUUUUUGUCUCUGUGACACAUGAGCAUCUGAUUGACAUGAACCAAGAAUCCAGUUUUUUCGGGGCCUUUUUGAUUGGCUAGAUGGUUUGCAAAGAAAAAAAAAUCCACCUUCUCCUAUGUUUCUUCAGGAUGAUACACUAUGAAAAUAUUUGCAACCAAGGUGACAUCGAAUGGCCACCAAAGUAGAGCGAGCCUCAGUCUCUGCAACACAUGCAGUUGAGUAUCUCUGAAAAGACUCCUUAUUCUAAACUCCUCCCAAGACUCUAUCUAAUGCCAUUUUACUAGCAGAACUUUAGAGGAGUUUUAGCUUCCAAACACCUAUGCAACAAUGGAAGGGUGUGCCGUCGUUAUCUUCUCGUUGAGAAGGAUGCAGAGGACAAGAGGAGCAACUCAUUCCUUCCGCAGGAAACAGCAUGGUAGCUGCCAGCUUGUGUUAACAUUCCCAAGUGGAAUCACAAAGUAAUUGCAAUCACAAACGCAACGAGGCAGCUGAUGGAAACAAGUUCCAUUCAAAGUACAAUAAUUUUAUACAAAAAAAUGUUUAAAAUUUAAAAAAAAAAAUUCAUCGGUGAGCAGGAACUGGUUCUGAAUGACGUUUUGUGCGUUUUCACUGCUGAAAAGCAGGCUGGGCCAAUGCACUGAUAAAGGACCCUGUAGCAAGUGGUACGUUGCUCACAAACAAGGCAGUGUGGUCCCAUGUGAGCAGGAGAGGAAAUGGGAAAGCAGAGAUUGCAAACACAAGCAAAUGGGCAGAAAGAGACCCAAAUAAAGUCCUUCACUGCCCGUAGCCCCUUCCAAGCGAUACAGGUUCACACCUGCCUAGUCCUGCAUCACUGAUUUUGACCCUGGAUGAAGAACCUUGAUCACUGCUAUCUCCCAAAAUCAUAACACAACAUAUUCUACCACUUAAUCUAACUACUUGGGAGGAAAAUGACUCAGAGCAUGUGUCUAAUCCCUAAUUACUCUUUUUUAUUUUUUAUUUUUGCAGUGAGCAACGCAAGAUUUAUAUAAGCCAGAAACCGGCUGCCACAGCAGUCAGGAGGACUCCAAAACAGGCAGGCCCCUCUAAUUGCUAUUUCUAAAUAACUUUCUAAAUAGCAUAAGUUACACUUUUUCAUGAUACGUCCAAGCAUUCACUUAAAUGGAAUAUGAUUAGCUAGGUCUUCAAAAGUGCUCACUAGAAUUUAAAUGUACAACACGCUAAACACAGCUGACACUCUGAACACCCUUACUUUAAUGUUUCCAUGGCUCCAAUCAAAUGAUUUCAUCCUAACAAAUCUAAGUAUUUGUGACACUCUUUUUGAAAUCUUCUCACUAGAAUCUAAGCAUUGUGAUGAGAGGGAAUGUUUAGUCUUGCUUCCAGCUGUUCCCCAUUACCCAAAACGUAGUACCCACACACAAAACACAUUU